CUGACAUGACAAAAAAAAUUGAAACUCAAGGACUUCAAUAAUUUUUUGAGUGCUCUUAGAGUAGUAAACAUUUGCUUACCCCAAUAAAAAGGCAGAAAAUUACUCACAGUUCUAAUGGAAAUUAAUGAUUCCCAUAAGAGCAGUGGAAGCUUUAGAGUAAGCAGUUCUUCCUUAUGGAGGGCUGGCGGAAUGGAUGCUUUUGUGAAGUCAUCACGACAGGAAGAUGAAGAGAGAGCACUAUACUGGGCUGCACUCCAGAAAGCUCCAACCUUUGAUCGACUAAAGAAGGGAUUGGUGACUGGGUUAAGGGGAGAGACAUGUGAAGUUGAUAUAAAGAACAUUGGGUAUGAAGAAAAGAAAAAAAUUGUUGAGAGGUUAAUAAAAGUCCCCAAAAGAGAUAAUGAGAAGUUCUUGUUGAAACUCAAGGAUCGGUUUGACAGGGUAGCUAUUGAUAUUCCCACAGUUGAGGUCAGAUUUGAGCAUUUAAAUGUGGGUGCCGAGAUUUAUGUGGGAAAAAGAGCUUUGCCUUCGAUCACUAACCUUUCCUUAAACAUUCUUGAGGGGCUAUUGAGCUAUCUCAAUCUUCCAACAAACAAAAAGCACAUCUCUGUUCUUCAUGAUGUUAGUGGAAUCAUAAAGCCUGGCAGAAUGACUUUGCUCUUAGGGCCUCCGAGUUCUGGGAAAACCACUCUUCUGCUGGCAUUGGCAGGGAAGCUUGACCCUAGUUUUGAAACUUCUGGUAGAGUCUCGUACAAUGGACAUGAAAUGAAUGAAUUUGUACCCAUGAGAACUGCUGCUUACAUCAGCCAGCAUGACCUCCAUAUUCCAGAAAUGACUGCCCGAGAAACCCUGGCAUUCUCUGCAAGAUGCCAGGGUGUUGGUUCCAGAUAUGAAAUGUUAGCAGAGCUAUCUAGGAGAGAAAAAGCUGCAAAUAUUAUGCCUGAUCCGGAUAUAGAUAUAUUUAUGAAGGCUGCUGCUACACAUGGUAAGGAAGCAAAUGUAGUUGUAGACUACAUCAUCAAGAUUCUGGGACUUGAAGGAUGCGAGGAUACAAUUGUAGGAAGUGAAAUGCUUAGGGGUAUGUCAGGAGGAGAACGGAAGCGGCUUACAAUAGCAAUAUCGCUUCUGCAGCCUGCACCAGAGUGCUAUGAUCUAUUUGAUGAUAUCAUUCUAAUAUCGGAAGGCCGGAUAGUUUAUCAGGGUCCUCGUGACUAUGUGCUUGAUUUUUUUGAAUGCAUGGGAUUUAGGUGCCCAGAAAGAAAAGGAGUCGCUGACUUCUUGCAAGAAGUAACAUCUAGGAAAGAUCAAAAGCAAUAUUGGGUGAAUAAGGGCAGGCCUUACAGAUUUCUAACAGUUAAGGAAUUUUCUGAGGCAUUUCAGUCUUUUCACAUUGGCCGCAACUUAGGAGAUGAGCUUGCUACCCCAUUUCAAAAGGCUAGAAGUCACCCGGCUGCUUUAGCUACCAAGAGAUAUGGUGUUAAAGUUUCUCUCUGGGUGUUCUCUACAUACUAUGUCAUUGGUUAUGAUCCAAAUGCGGGAAGGUUAUUCAAGCAAUGGCUUUUGCUCUUAAUUUUCAAACAAUAUUCUUCUGCAUUAUUUAGAUGUGCUGCUGUUGUAAGUAGGAGUUUGAUCAUGGCAUUUGUUGCUGGUUCAUUCUUAAUGCUUAUUUUUGUUUGCCUAGGUGGCUUCAUCUUGUCACGAGCACUUGCACAUUCUUCGACCAUUAUCUCACCAGAAUCUGAAGGUAGUCUUAAUAGAGUGAGUCUGCAGGAGAUCAAGAAUCUGGGAGUCAUGGGAGAACGCCUUGAGCUUUUGAAAGGUGUCAGUGGGGCUUUCAGGCCAGGUAUUCUGACAGCUCUUAUGGGCAUUAGUGGGGCAGGUAAAACGACGUUAAUGGAUGUCCUUGCUGGAAGGAAAACGGGUGGGUAUAUUGAAGGGGAAAUUUCAAUAUCUGGCUUUGCAAAGAAGCAGAAAACAUUUGCCCGCAUUUCUGGAUACUGUGAACAAAACGACAUCCACUCUCCUUACCUUACAGUAUAUGAAUCAUUGACUUUUUCUGCUUGGCUGCGCCUACCAUCAGAAGUUAGUUCAGAAAUUCGAACGAUGUUCAUCGAGGAGGUCCUGGAGUUGGUUGAACUUACCACUUUGAGGGAAGCACUGGUUGGGUUACCAGAGGUGAAUGGUCUCUCAACUGGACAACGGAAGAGGCUCACUAUUGCAGUUGAAUUGGUGGCUAAUCCUUCUAUAUUGUUCAUGGAUGAGCCAACCACAGGCCUUGAUGCAAGGGCAGCAGCAAUAAUUAUGAGGACAAUUCGGAACAUUGUUAACACUGGUAGAACCAUUGCUUGCACAAUCCACCAGCCAAGCAUUGACAUAUUUGAAGCUUUUGAUGAGAGUAUUGAAGGAAUCAGCAGAAUAAGAAAGGGUCUUAAUCCCGCAACAUGGGUGCUGGAAAUUACAGCAAGUGAAAAUGAAGAAGCUCUGGGGAUUAACUUCAACGAGAUCUACAGAAAUUCAGAACUAUACCUGAGUAAGGCACAAGAUUUGUUCAAUGCCAUGGGUUCCAUGUAUACAUCGGUUCUCUUUACUGGUGCUUUAAAUGCAUUCACUGUCCAACAAGUAGUUGUAUUGGAGCGGACUGUAUUUUACAGAGAAAGAGCUGCAGGGAUGUAUUCAGCCAUGCCUUUUGCCUUCGCAAUGGUAGUUAUUGAGCUCCCAUAUGUUUUGCUGCAAGCCAUCAUCUACAGCACCAUGGUCUAUUCCAUGAUCGGAUUUGAGUGGACAGUCACAAAAUUCUCUUGGUACCUUCUAAUCAUGUUCUUGACAUUCUUGUACUCCACCUUCCUUGGUAUGAUGUCAGUGUCCUUAGCACCGAAUGUGGACAUCGCAUCCAUCUUCUCUAUUGCAUCUCUUGGAAUAUGGAACCUCUUCUCCGGAUUCUUGAUUCCUCGGCCUCUUGCUCCGGUGUGGUGGAGAUGGUGUUACCUGCUGUCUCCAGUUGCUUGGACGCUAUACGGAUUGGUGGGGUCACAGUUUGGAGACGUUGAGGAUGUUUUGGAGACGUUCGACACGGUGGAGAGCUUCUUGAGGGUUUAUUUCGGGUUCAGACGAGACUUCUUGGGAGAAACUGCUGCCAUUCUCUCUGCUUUUGUGCUCCUCUUUGCACUCAUCUUUGCUUUCUGUAUGAAGCUCUUCAACUUCCAAAAGCGACGAGGAGAGGAAAAAGCCGAUACACAAAAGCACAGAAUCAGAGAGCUCGAGCGAAAUCUUGCAGAGAUGGAUCCAAAUCUAACGGCGCUUUCUCAGUCAUUCGAGCGAUUCAAGGCCGCUUUAAUGCGCAAAGAUUUCGACACCUGCACGGGGCUUCUCCCCCAACUCAAGGUUAUGCUAACAGAAUUUAAGAGCCUUCCUCCUGUCUUUGGAGAAACGCCGAAUGCAGUCCAAGAGUUGACAAUUGCAAGGGAUAUAUAUGAACAUGCAGUUAUUUUAGCUUUGAAGAUGGAGGAUCAAGACGCCUUUGAGAGAGAUUUCUUUCAGCUUAAGCCUUAUUACACAGAUGCACGAAAACUUCCUCAAUCCCCCCAAGAAUACCCCAUUCUAGGCCUCAACCUUUUGAGACUACUGGUUCAAAAUCGAAUCGCAGAGUUCCACACUGAACUGGAGUUGCUUUCUUCAAAUGCCUUGGAGAAUCCUUGUAUAAAACAUGCUGUUGAGCUGGAGCAAUCAUUUAUGGAAGGAGCUUACAACCGUGUGUUAAGUGCCAGACAGGCAGUGCCUCAUGAAGCCUAUACUUAUUUCAUGGAUGUUCUGGCUAAGACUGUCAGGGAUGAGAUAGCUGGAUGCAGCGAAAAAGCCUACGACUCUCUUUCAAUAAAAGAUGCCCAGCAAAUGCUACUUUUCUCCUCAGACCAAGAACUUUUGGAAUAUGUUACUGAGGAACACCCCGAGUGGGUGGUAAAGGACGGGCUCAUCAUUUUUCAAAGAGUGAAAGAUUCGGCGCCUUGCAAGGAGAUACCGUCUUUGCAGCUUAUCAACCAAACACUCAGUUAUGCACGGGAAUUGGAGCGAAUCAUCUGAGGUUUCUGCUUUGAGUCUCAUAUUUCUGACACAAUUUGAGAAUCUGUCCUUUUGAAAGAUAAAAAACAAGUUGAAUCGGU